UCUUGUAUCGAUGAAGCACCUGGCUGCAACUUGGGAAACGCGAUCAUUUGUCAGAGUAAAAACUUAGAAGCAUUUGCAAAGAAAUACUGCAAGAAGACGUGCGGAUAUUGCAACGAUGGAACGACCACCACAUCUCCAAGCCCAUUCAAUCGUGUGACAUCGGCUACACUCAUGCUUCUUUUUCUGAUAAUUUCAUGUCUCCUCCCAGGAGUCACGGAGGGGGGAAUCACGGAUUUGAAUUGCACGCACAGAGUUGGUGCUGAUAUUAAGUAUUCCCAAUCGGCAGUGAACUGUAACAACAAGAUUUCUGACGCUGCCUGUCUCGUCAUCUACACCGAAGCGGUGAAAGCGGAAGGCGGUGACGAUCGAAAUGAAAAAUGUAGAGGAGAUCCUGUAAAUCCGGCGCUGGUUCAAGCGGCAAUAGAUAUUUGUCCCAAGACGUGUGGGUACUGCUGUCUGACACCCGCCUUUUUGUGUGAAAACAAAUUACAGCCACGAAUCCCAUGCUCAUCAGUGACACAGGAUAUGUGUGAAAAUCCGGCAUGGAGAAGUAUUCUUGAGGAGGAUUGCCCCAAAACCUGCGGUUUCUGUAAUUCAGGUUCUUGUAUCGAUGAAGCACCCGGCUGCGGCUUGGACAACGCAUUCAUUUGUCAGAGUAAAAAUCUGGAGACUUUUGCAAAAAAAUAUUGUAAGAAGACGUGUGGAUACUGCAACGACGCAACAACCACAUCUCCAGGUCAACCAUUCAAUCGAGUGACACCAGCAGUAUUCAUGCUCCUUUUCCUGAUAUUCUCGUCAGCCCUCAUAGGCGGCUCAGAGGCCGGUAUCACGGAUCUGAACUGUACAGAAAUGGUUGGUGGCUCUGCCAAGUAUGCUCAAUCGGCGGUAAACUGCAAUAACAAAAUAUCCGACGCCGCUUGCCUUGUCAUCUAUACGACAGCUGUGAAAGCGAAUGACGAUACCGAUCGAAAUGAAAAGUGUGAUGGAAAUCCAGUAGUACGUGAUCAGGCAACAAUAUGGAUAAGAUUUUAUAUUUGCAUCCUUCUAUUACAUACUAACUACAAAUGGGGCUUUCCUUCGUUUCGCUAA